AUGAUCUUCAUCCAACCCAACAUGCAGGUUCAGGAGGAGCUGGCCAGUCUCUUCACCCGCAACUUGACCCUUGAUCCUUCCCAGCAACUGCCGCCGGAAGAGCCCAAGAUAGUGUAUAUUUCUCAGCACUACAACCACUCCGCACACCUAGCCAAGCAGCAGCAGGAUCAGCAGCAAGCUGAGGCUCAGUCUCAAAGCCAGAACCAACCAGAGCCGCAGCAGCCGCAAAGGCCGGCAUCUGAGCCUCCUCAGUCCGAGAACCCCGAUUUGGAGAACAUUCUGAGGACCUAUGGCGUAGACACAUCUGCACUCUCACCCUCUCAAAUCCAGCUCUUCAAAGCGGCCGAUGACAGUCAAAAGAUGCGGUUGAUUCAACUAUGGAGCAUUUGCCCUCCCACCAACAGCAUCGACAACCCUACGCUGGCUUGGAGUUCCACGACCUUGGAGCAGGAGGAGACCCUCGCCAAGAUACGAAUGGAGCGCAAAGUCCAGGAGCAUGAGACCCCCAAGGUGAUGAGCCUUGACGGCACCAUGCUCACUCCCAUACAGGCCGGUGAUGGACGGUGGAUGCAGCCCCAGAACUACAUGGAGCCAUAUAUGGCCUCUGGCUACGAGGAGAUGGCCAGGCGUGAGUACGAGGCGUCAGCUAGCCGCGGUGGAGACUACGAUAUGUCCAUGGAGCCGCGAUCCAAAGACGUCUACUCGCAUUUCGGUACCUCCGUCGGUGGACCGACUUACUCGCCCGCCACAGAUCCUGUCUACAAGACUACUAACACCGGCCUGGACUGGCAGAGACAGGCUGCCAUGGAGAACCAGUAUGGCGCGUACCACCAGUGGCGCGAUGAAGAGAUGCUGUGA